AUUGCCUCUAUAGACUCUAGAGGCUACGACACAACCACAAGGGAGUUGAUUUGUAUCCACAAAGCAGCAAACUUCAGAACGCAUGUACCAACGUAUACACGAUGGUGCAAGUAAUGGCUAUAAAGGUGGGAAUGAACAGUAGUAAAAACAGAACCAAGGCUCUGAAACUUGCUGCCGGUGCGCAAGGAGUGAUAUCAGUGGAAUUGGAAGGCGAAGAUCAAGUGAAAGUGAUAGGAGAAGGAGUGGAUGCCGUUUGCUUGACCUGCGUUCUGAGAAAGAAGUUUGGUUUUGCCGAGCUCUUGAGCUUGCAAGACGUGACUGAUAAUGGCGAUGAAGGCGGCGGCGGCGAUGGAAGGAACUCCAGUUCUGGCGACCAAGAGCCGCCGCCAGCUUUUGCCUAUCAUCAAUUUCCUUGUCCGCCGUGUGCGUACCUGAUUUAUGAUCCUCAUCCUUAUGACCCUCCAAUCUGCUCCGUCAUGUAAUACCUAUCAGCAUAUAUGGUCUUGUUGGCCGGCGGCGGGUUCUCUCGCACUUUAUAUAUGUAUUGCGUGGAGAAGUUUGAAGAAUAUGAAUCGUGUUUACAAGGAGAUUUUGAGGGGUCAUUUAUUAUGACUUAGCAAAAUCAAAUGGUCCCUAAGUCUCUUUUUUAUUAAUUAGAUAUAGAUUGUCGACUCUCGUUCGAUAUUUAUUUGACGUAAUUAUUUGUAGCCGACUGGCCGGGGUUACUACGAUAAGAAGCACUUGAAAGCGCGCGAUAAAAUGAUAA